UAGGACACACCAGUGAAGGUGGUGAUAAAGCUGCAGAAUUUCAAGAUGUGAUAAUGUACCCUCGUGCGAAGGAUGCGCCGUGACCGCUCGUGGCUAUCUAUGGAAGGGUCAGGACUCCUGACAGUCAGAGGGCUUCAGUCUACAGCAGAGACCAGAAGACGUCGGAGAACAGAGAGACCAGCAUGAGGCUUCCUAUACGCUGGGCAGCACACAGACGUGUGUUGGCAGCAGCUGUCGUGGUUUUCCUUGGCCUGGUCUUGGUCUCUAUGCCACUGCUGAGCACAGGACCAAUCAAACCUGCAGAGUGGGUCAUCAACCCUGCACACAGAAAGCUGGUGCAUGAAUAUGUGCAGAGAGUCUUGGAGAGUCAGUGUCGCCCUGGCAGCACCAGACAGAGCUUGUUAACUCAUCUCCCUGCUUCCAGUCACAAUGUCCAGCCCUUCCUGUGGAAAGAUGAACCGCUGAACGAUGACCUUUUCUUGUAUCCCCCGCCGUUUGGGUUCAGAGGUCUUCAGAGCAAAGUAGCAGAACUGCAAAAACUGCUACCAGCCUCAGACUUACCACAGCCUGAGAAGGCUGCAGGUAAAUGUCAGCGCUGUGUGGUCAUGGGAAACGGAGGCAUUCUCAAAGGCUUGGAGCUUGGCCCGCUGAUUGACCGCUUUGACACCAUUAUCAGGUUAAACCGAGGUCCACUGGGAAAGUUCAGCACUGACGUUGGGAAUCGAACCACCAUCAGGAUGAGUUACCCGGAGGGCACGCCUCUUAGCUGGCCUGACACAGACCCAGACACUCUGUUUGUGACGGUGGUGUAUAAAAGCGGAGACAUCAGCUGGACCUCUGCUAUGAUCAACAAGCUCUCUGUGCCUCUGUGGGAUUGGUUCUUUUUCUGGCAGAAGGUUCCAGAUAGAAUCCCUCUCAAAGCCAGUAAGUUCAGACUUCUAAACCCACAUGUGAUCAGAGAGACUGCACUGGACCUCCUGAAAUAUCCUCUUCCCAGGCCACGCCUGUGGGGCUGGGACCAGAACAUUCCCACUCUAGGUGUGUCUGCGCUGACUCUAGCUAGCCUGCUGUGUGACGAGGUCAGCCUGGCAGGCUUUGGCUACAACCUCUCCCAGCACGGGGCGCCACUGCACUACUAUGACCAGCUGCCUAUGAGCGCCAUGCUGGAGCAGAGCAUGCACAACGUGAACAGAGAGACUGAGCUCUUGCAAAGACUGGUUAGAGAGGGAACCAUCACUGACCUGACAGGGGGGAUCCACUGCUCCUACUGCCAGAGCUGACCCACCACAGCCUUCUAGUGCAGAGCGCUUCCUUUUUGUGGUGUGAACAUUUUCAUAUCCUCUCUGAGGCACUGAACAGAAGUCAAGCAAGAGUUACAGGAUAUUUUUAACAAAACGCUUUAUGAACCACAGUCUUAUGUCUUUGCUCACACACACGUUGUAAUAACUGAUUCUCAUCAGCAAUGCAUCAGGAGCUUCUCAAUAUUUGAGUUAUUUUUAGUUGUGGAACACGACCAGUAAGUUGUAAACAGUGUUAUUCGGUAUCAUGGUUGUCGUGAUUGUUCUGAUGUAAGUUAUAAUUAUGUUUGUACAGCAGUAAAUUAUCAGUGGAACAAAAUGAAUCUGUAUUCAGUUGCACAGAUUGGACCAAGGUGUCUUCAGCUGAAGCUGUUUUUAACAGAUUCACUUCAUUGUGAUAUUGAAACAGUCGCCUUUGCUUCUCUUCCCAAGUGGCUGAUCUUUGAUAUCUGUGGUGAAAAUAAAAUGUGAUUUAUAAUUUUAUUUUUAUUAUUUCUACAUCGUUGUAGUUUUAUUUGACUUGCACUUUUUCAUGUUAACAUCCAAUUUCCUGAAUGAAUUUUCAUGUGUCGCAGCCAUGUGAGCAUCCUGUGUCGGUCUUCAUUAAUAAAGUCCAAGA